AAGGGUUCUGGGUCGUUUUCUCAUCGCGAUCGUGUGAGAUCCUCUGCUGCUCCCUCUUCUUCUUCCGUCUCUGGAGUGAGCGGUCGUCCCCGGCAACAGAGUGUCCAUGGGAACCCUCUCCUCCUCUAGUAGCGGCACUGCUGCGUCGUCUCCCCCCUGACCUCUGGCGACUCUCACGUUUCAUCUCAAUUGCAGGGGCAGUGUUCCUUCUCCCCCUCCCCUCCUCCUUCUCCGUCUUCCCUGACUGCAGGGCUACCAUUGACUUUGGUCGUCUAGUGAUGACGUCUCGGUGCCGCAGUUUCGGAACGUGACCAAGAGACAUCUUCUUCCCUCUCUUGUACUUGUGACCUCUGCGGGCGUGUUUCAUGUAGCGACUGCCGGCAGGGGGCGUGGUCCCGGGGAGACCUGAAGGUGAGGGCAGUUCGUCGCUUUCUUCAUCUCCUUUUCCCUCUUCUUGCCAUCUCCAACUCGUUGGUUUCAGUAAUUUUCUUUUCCCUUCCUCCUCUUCCUCCUCCUCUACCUUGUCCUCAAAGUAAUCCUCUUCUUCUUCGGCUUCAACUCUAGUCAAAUGUCCUCGGCUGAUUUUCAUUCCCUCUCCCUCUCCUAACACCCUCUUCCCCACAAUUUCCCUAUCCUCUCCCUCCCUCUCGUCAUCUUGUUCUUCUCCCUGGUGGCCGCGAUCCGUACUCAGAAUAAAUAUAUCUUCUUCGUCUUCCUCCUCCUUUCUCUCCUCUGUCAUGACUGCACCAUCAGUAAGUGAUAUACAACCGAUCUGUAGGCUGUUUAUCGUCCCCGAGACAACAUCUUGUACUGGUUGUACCUUCCGUAGAUGCGUGCAGUGGAGAAACGACGCUCCUCCACCACACAAUCCCACAAACGCGAAGCGGUGACGUCCCUUUUUCUAAAUAACGCGCACUAAAAGGUCAAUGCACGCGUGACCUUUAACCCUUCGCGAGUUAAUUUCCCCGCCCAAGUAUCGUGUGCGCAUGCGUGUCACGAUUUGCUGAGCUGUGUGAGAGAGAGCUGAUGGCAGGAGAAGACGGUAACCUUAGUUUGGUCCUAAGAGGACCUGGAGACUUGCAGCUGGAGCAAAGACCCGUACCUAAACCGGCAAGAGGAGAGGUGUUGCUAGGGAUGCGGUCGGUGGGGAUAUGUGGGUCUGACGUCCACUACUGGACACACGGGAGGAUCGGGGACUUUGUCCUCACGUCACCCAUGGUGAUGGGUCACGAGGCCAGUGGAAAGGUCGUCGCCGUGGGAGACGGAGUCAAAGACUUGAAGCCAGGGGACAGGGUGGCUAUUGAGCCUGGCGUACCAUGUCGGACGUGCCCCCACUGCAAAGACGGACGCUACAACCUGUGUCCCGACAUGAGGUUCUGCGCUACACCGCCAGUCGAUGGCUCACUGGCUCAGUUCUACUGCCAUCCUGCAGAUUUCUGCUACAAACUCCCGGAGAAUGUCUCCUACGAUGAGGGAGCGUUGCUAGAGCCACUCAGUGUCGGCGUCCAUGCCUGUCGGAGAGCCGGGGUGGCUCUGGGCAGCCACGUGCUAGUCUGUGGAGCAGGUCCAAUAGGUCUGGUGUGUCUUCUCACGGCCAAAGCCUGCGGUGCUACCUCUGUCAUUAUUACUGAUCUAGAUGCAGGGAGGUUGGAGGUGGCAAAGAAACUAGGAGCUGACCACGUUGUCCAGGUUUCGACCCGGGACAGUCUCCAGCUGUCCCGGAUUAUAACUGAGCAGCUGGGGUGUGAGCCAGAUCAGUCGAUUGAGUGCUCGGGGGCUGAACCCAGCAUUGCCACAGCCAUAUAUUCCACCAGAAGUGGAGGUACGGUGGUGCUGGUGGGGAUGGGGGCAGCAGAGGUCAAACUGCCCAUCAUCAAUGCCUCUGUCAGAGAGGUCGACAUACGAGGGAUAUUCAGAUAUGUCAACUGUUACCCGACAGCUCUAAAGAUGGUAGCAUCAGGACAGGUGGACGUAAAACCUCUCAUAACUCAUACGUAUGAGCUGAGGGACAGCGUUAAGGCAUUUGAGCGGGCCAAGACCGGAGACGGUGGAGCCAUCAAGAUCAUCAUCAAGUGCGGACAGACAGACUAAGUAUUUACAAUCUUGUCUUUAUGUACAGAGAGACAUCUUAAAAUCAGCCAUUUUUGGGUCAACCCAUUUUUUGAUGGGUCUCAUUUCACGAAGUAUAGGCAGAGACGUACAUUCGAAAAUCUUGUGUAGGAAGUCAUCCUAUUUCGUGCAACAUUUUACAUUGCCACUGAUACCUAUGCUUUUAAGGUUGCAUUCAACUUCAUCUCAAAGCUGCAUCCUGUAUCAUGCCAUUGAAGUGUAUGUGGUGCCAUUGAAAAACAAAAAGCAGCCCUGAGACUUGCUUACUACGUACCUCAGAGCCAGUCAUGUACUGCUGCCUGGCCCUGCAAAGAAGAUGUACACACCUUGCCCCUUGUGGCCCUGACUAAAGUUGAAUCCGCACUCUGACAAGGAAACCUGGAUCUUUCACUGCAUUCAUUAGUAAAACAGGGCCUUUUCAUUGGCUGAAUAACCAGUGAGCCUCACAACUCUCAAUUAGAAUCAAGACCAUCGGUUUUCACACUACGAUAUUAAUAGUUGUGUUACGGUAUAAAU